UUUGCCACACGCACAACGCAUUUGUCUCGUGUGUCGUCGACAUGUCUGACGUUUCACAAUCGCUGAUUCAAUGUGCGUUGUUGGUAUCCGAAACGGCUGCUGACAUUGCUCGACAAUGUCGGUCGAAUACCAAAUUAUUGUCUUUAUUAGUACAAGAAAAGAGCGGAGACGAUGCAAAUCGCGGUCGAUUCGCGCACGAUUUCAAAACGCUGGCAGAUGUGUUAGUACAGAGAGUGGUAGCCAAGCGUAUUGGUCGACAGUUUACAGAGCUGGCCAAUAAUGUUUUUGGCGAAGAGAAUGACAAAAUACAAAAUAAUUGCGGCAAUGAUGUAACCAUCAAAAUAGGCGAUUCAAUGGAUGAGACUUUUCAAUGUCUACUAGAGGCUUUAGAUGACGACAUGGAAUCUGCCAGAAGUUUGGCAGUUGCAGCACACAAGAAAUAUACACUUGCGCAGCUUAAUGUCAAAACAUUACCGCCUGAAAAAGAAUGUUUAAAUCUUAAAGAAAUCGGCGUAUGGAUAGACCCAAUCGAUUCGACCAACGAAUACAUUGUAGGAACAGCGUGUACAGAGAACGAAUACGGAAUUUGCUCAAAAGGACUUCAGUGUGUCACAAUCAAUAUCGGUAUGUUUGAUAAAAAAACUGGAAGACCCGUAGCUGGUGUAAUCAAUCAGCCAUUUCACGAACUUUUGUCGAAUGGAAAAUGGAGUGGACAUUGCUAUUGGGCUAUAUGCAGUGAACAAUAUAAACUAAAUUCAUUACCUACAAACAUUAAAGAAAAUACGCCAAAAGUAGUAUUGACGAGCAGUAACGAGGAAGAAGCUGUCACAAAGAUAUUACAGCAGUCCGGUUACACAGUGGUAACUGCAUCUGGCGCCGGUUACAAAUUGUUGUGUACUGCAUUGGGUCUAGUUAGUGGUUAUGUAUUGACCAAGAACACUACGUUUUUGUGGGAUACGUGCGCGGCCCACGCAAUGCUUUUGUCUUUAGGUGGCGAUGUGUGUCAUUGCGUAUGUCCAGCUAGUCUUAAAUCUUUAAGUUAUGGACCUAAAAUACAAUCAAGUAACCAAACAUAUUGCAAUUCGAGAGGAAUAAUUGCGUCUCAUGAAAUAGAAAUUAUUCAACGUAUACAUACUCUUUUAAAUGGCUGAGCGAAUCGUUUGAUUGGAAUACAUCAUAGGCGCAACUAAGUAUGCUAUAUUUGGGGCUUAACAAAAAAUUGAAAUAUAUACAUAUAUUAUAUAUUGUUAAAUAAAAUAUUUUUAGGGUAGAGUGAAAUUAAUUUAGUACCUCUUAAAAUGUUUACUCUAGUUGCGCCUAUGUGUAACAUACUCUGUGAUAUGAUAUGGAUUAAGGUUUUCAAGAAUAUCGUUUUAUAUUGUUAUUAAUUAUUGGCUAACGCAGACACAUUAGUAUAAUCGUUACUCGAAAGGUUAUUCUAUACAAAGACGAUUUUUAAAGGUUGAUUGAUUUUAAACGACUUUAUGCCUUGAAAUUAAAUCCUAGUUACGUAUAAUAAAUGAAAGUCAAAUUCAUAAACAAUACAUUUAUGAAAUGAAUUUAUUAUACAUGAUUUUUGUUUUAUGUAAAAGCAAAUCAUUCAUUUUUGGUUGCUUACUACUUGUUUAUUGAAAUAAAACAAACUUCGAUUUGUAUCUUUAUAGCUGAUCAAACAUACUUAGAAUUAGAUUGUUUUAAGAUUUUCAUUUAUUAAUUCUAUUAUUUAUAUCGCAGUAAAAAAGUUGUUAAUCAGUAGUGUAGUCAAGGGGGGCUGAUGUGGCUAUAGCAGCCCAUUGUUCAAUUAUUACUAUUAAUGGUAUGUGACUUUGGCGCUAUUAAGAGCAUGUGAUAAUUCACAUAUUCCUACUCAUAGGUUUCCAGUAUCUCCCCCGAGAAAAAAUUCUGGUUACCCUCCAUUGUUUUGUAAACGAGUGUUACUGAAGAUAAAUUGAUUUAUACUUAUACUUAUUUAUCUAAAUGGAAAAUACAUCAUAAGGUAGAAAUUAUAAUCUAGGAAUUAUAAUCUAACAAAUGUUUAAAGAUCGCUAUCAUAGGUUUAGUUUCAACCAAUUUUGGAGAGGCUAAAUGUAACUUUGCACUCACAAUAAUAUUUAAUCAUAAAGUUGCAUAUUUAUUUUUAAAGUUUUCUAUUAGGUUUUCUACUGCUGUUAAUAAAAUUCAAUAAUCGUCUAAUUUUGUAACCCAAAUUAAAGUAAUUUAUGAAUUCAAGUAUUUUGGAUGUCAUUAAGUUGACGUCCAAAGUUAGUGACUAAGUUUUGAUAUAUACUUUAGUAUUUAUUAGAUUUAAGCUUAAUAGUUAAAAUUUGUUAAAAACUUAAAUUUUAUUUAUUUUAGUUUGUUUAAAACUCAUUUUUUGUUAUAUAUUUUAGGGAAUUAUUUUCUCUUAGAAAAAAGGAAUUUCAAAUUGUUUGUUUUAAAUGUAUUAAAUAAUACGUUUUUGUUGUAACCAUGUGGAACAUAGAUUUUUUACGUGUAGUUGGCUUUUUAUGUAAACAUCAUAACGUCGUUGUAGAUAAAAUACCAUGCAUCACUAAAUUGUAUUUGUUAUGAAAUGUCUAGAAAUACGUUGUAUAUAGAAUAACUAAAUAAAAAUUUUAGAGGAUGCUAAAAAUAGGUAUGACUCGCAGACUCGUGGAAAGCUUCGCCUCCCACAUCCUCAGGUUAGUAUCGCUACAAUGGUAUGGUUAAUGAAAACAAUACGAUUAUUAUACAGUACGAUGCAAUCAUUAUUCAUAAUCGUUAUCAUAAAAUCAUACAAUGAAAUCAUUAUCUACAUACGUAUAUAAAUACAUUUAGUUGUCUAUAAUUAUCCGAUAAAAUACAACUUUCUUUUCUGAAUUAUUCUAAAAUUAUAAUUUUUACAACAAUGAAAUAAUACAAAAUUAUAAUAUAAAUUACAUCAAUAUUUAUAGGGAAAAUCAAGAAUUGCGUUUUAAUUCUUUGAGGUAUGCUAAAUUUGAAAUAGGAGGUGCUAAAGUACUCCUAGUAAUCGCUUUAGUUGCGUCUAUGACAUUGUAUUGCAUUGCAUCGUUGUUAUUGUAGUAUCAUAUAUUACGGAAAAAAAAGAUGAAUGAUACAAUGUCAAUUUAUUGUACUAUUACAAGUUUCCAGACAUUUCAUAAAAAAAAAAAAAUUUUGAUUUUUAGAAAUACGUGGUAAUAUAUUAGCAAUGAUGUUAAUGUCUUUCUUUGAACUUAUAGAUUCUUGAUUAAAUAUUCAGUGUAUUUGUUGAAAUAAUUGUAUAAGAAACUUUUAUUUUAAGACAAAAAUUUGUUAAUUAUAUGAAGUCGUCCAUGAAAAAUUGUCAAUAUUUUAUUGACUAUUUAAUGUUAUGUAUGGUAACCCGUUUGACUGAAAUAUGACGAAUUCGUUUGAGAAAUAAAGACUUUAAUAAGUAUUGUUCUUA